UAUGGCAUCCUUGGUCUCAUUACACUGGCAAUGUCGGAGUAUCUAAUUGUCUUCACGGGCCGUGAGCAUCGAGGAACCCUGCUAGGACAUGCUGUCUAUCGUGCAGUAGAUUUCGAAAUACUUCCUCUGGAUCCGUCCGCAUCUGUAUCAAGUCCCCCACAUCCUGUCGAGGCGCACCUACUAGCACUCGUCCGCUCACAUCUUAAAAGCGGAGUCUUCUUGUUCAGCUAUGGCUUUGACGUGACACGGCGUUUACAAGCGCAGUGGGUAGCCCAAGAGAAAGACGAAGGCAGGGCAUUCUGGGAAGUGGUGAGUCCGCGUGCCGACGACAGAUUUUUCUGGAAUAAAUACUUGCAAUCCAGGCUCAUUGACAUCAGCAUCUCAAAUCCUAAAAACGAUCUAAGUUCCUAUAUUCUCCCAAUAAUCUAUGGCUCCUUUGAUAUCCGACUCUCGUCGAUUAAUGGUCAAAACAUACAAGUCAGUUUAAUAAGCCGCCGAUCGCGGUUCCGUGCAGGCACGCGGUAUUUCAGACGGGGUGUAGAUCACGACGGCCACGUUGCAAACUUCAACGAGACAGAGCAAAUUGUUCUCAUUGGUGGCACGACGCCUGACGCCGACGACUUCACGCAUAAAUUAAGCUUUGUGCAGAUUCGUGGAAGCGUGCCUGUGUUCUGGGCAGAGGUGAACACGCUGAGGUACAAGCCGGACUUGCAGAUCAUGGAUCUCCCUGACUCGGUUGACGCGACUCGCCGACAUCUCCAAGAACAAGUCUCUUUGUACGGCGAGCAGACAAUGGUGAACUUGGUCGACCAGAAGGGAUACGAGAAGCCUGUGAAAGACGCGUACGAGCGGAACGUCUCUGAGGCAAAUGUACCGGGGGUCAAGUACCAAUAUUUCGAUUUCCAUAACGAGUGCAAGCAUAUGCGAUGGGACCGCAUAAGCUUGCUCCUAGACAGCGUCGCUGACGAUUUGAUACGGGACGGAUAUUUCCGGGUGGAUUCGGGCAACCCAGAGCCCGUCGACUGGCAGCUUGGAGUCGUCAGAACAAAUUGCAUGGACAAUCUGGACCGCACAAACGUCGCGCAAGCAGCUACCGCCAAGUGGACGCUGAACCGUCAACUGAAGGCCGUCGGUGUACUGGCUGAGAAUGACACUGUUGAUAAUCACGAAGAGUUUAACCAGUACCUCCGCGAGAUGUGGUCCGACCAUGCGGACUACAUCUCGAGGGCGUACGCUGGUACAGGCGCCCUCAAGACAGACUUCACUCGUACUGGCAAACGCACUCGCGUCGGUGCCUUUGAUGAUUUGAAGAAAUCUGUCAUGCGUUAUUUCAAGAACAACUACUUCGACGGCGCUCGGCAGGAUGCAUUCGAUCUUAUCACCGGCACUUGGGUUCCACGGAAAGGCCCCUCUUCAGCCCUGUUCCUCAUCACGGAUAACAGGCCUCUCAUCAUACGAUCUGUCCCCUAUGCGCUCUCGUUCGCUUUGUUCAUGAUCUUAGCAGGUCUCACGCUGCCCCGCUCUUCCGACUACUCUCUCUUCUAUUAUUUCAUUUUCUGGUUCAUGAUUUUCGCUUCGGCCCUCACUUUCAUUUUCCUCUAUGGCAUCGACUACGUUGCGUGGCCAAGGCUUCUCCCGCCGACGGAUGUCAUUCAUUACAGCGGUCCGGGCUUCCGGUCGGCGCACAAGGGCAAGGGCCUCGGGGUGGAUGUCGGGAAGCUGAAGGCUGGUGCGAACGCGCAAUGGCUGGCGAGGGGAGCCCGACGGACGGACAAGCAGAUGGAGGAGAUUGAGCUCGGCACCAAGAAACGGAUGGACUGAGGCGCCGCGCGUGUGAACACGCACGCUGGACUCGUAGACCUCUCGACUGCUGUCCCCUUCUAGUGUCUAGCUAAGGGCCGUACACGCUAGCCAUUCGCGCUCCCGGUUUGCGAGCUGUCUGUUGGAUAUUCUGCGCGGCCAUGUAUAUCUGCACAUUGGCACAUACUCGAUAUUUAUGCUCACCCCUUUCUCAGAUACAUAUACUGAAUGCGGUCCGCUCUCCACG